AUGGCAAGCAAUAGGAAUUUGGAUAAUACGACACCCUCGGUCAAUGAGCUUCGAGAAAUUAUUCGCCUGAUCCAAUGCAGGCUGUGCUCUCACCUGUUGAAAUCCCCCGUGAGGCUACCUUGCCAGGAGACCGUCUGUCAAGGAUGUUUACCUCCCUCUCAUACCAGGAAGCAUAUCACUUAUCCCAUUAACAAAGAGCGAGAGCAAGGCUUUUACUGUACACUCAAGAAAACUGGUGGCCUGGAGACAAACCCAAUGGAAUGUAGGGCAGAGCAUUCAUUGGCUGAUUGCGGUCUUGUUGUGGCCCUAGACAAAGUCAUCGAGAACCUUGCGGGACGAAUGAAUAAACUGUUCUUAAGCAACACCGUUUCAAGCCAUGAUACGGCAUUUGCAGUCGAAACCGUUGACCCUACAAGUCUGGGGCUGAAACUUGACGAUCAAGCCCUGCCGCUGUCCUCUGCCAACGGGAGCACGUUUGCUGCGAUGUACAGACUCGCAGGGCAGGGCCAAUUACCAUAUGAUGCAAAUAUCACGUAUGUCUCCGAGGUUGAACCCGUCUCGUCGCUGGACCAGUUCGAGUUGGAGGUUUUCCGGGACGUGCAGCGAUCUAUUAAAAAUGAGCUGGACUGUCACAUAUGCUUGGCCCUCAUGGUUGACCCGUGUACGACUCCAUGCGGUCAUAGCUUCUGUCGCCUGUGCCUGGCGCGAAUACUGAACCAUUCAGACCUGUGCCCUGUUUGUCGCAGGAAGCUAUCUGGCUAUUUACACUCAAGCCCAGUGAACUUGCGUCUUGACGGGCUAAUCUCAUCUUUCUUCCCUGAGCAGUUAGCAGAACGGAGAGAAGCAUUGAAGGUAGACGGAAACGGAGAACUUGAUGAGACAAAUGUGCCACUGUUUAUCUGCACCCUUGCUUACCCAUCUACACGAACUUUCCUCUACGUGUUCGAGCCUCGGUACCGACUGAUGAUUCGCCGUGUUAUGGAGAGUGGAAAUCGCAGGUUUGGCAUAGUGGCGCCAAAGAGUACGGCAUCAACGCAAGACGAUGUCGCAGAUGACGCACCGUUUCUGGAAUAUGGGACACUGGUUGAAAUAGAUCGGUUUAGCCCACUUCCGGAUGGAAGAUGUAUCAUACGCUCUACGGGUAAGUAUCGAUUCAAGGUGCUGGAAAGCACCGUCGUUGAUGGCUAUGCCGUGGGAAAGAUAGAACGCGUUGAAGACGUGUCGAUCGCACAAGAAGAAGCCUAUGAGGCAUCCGAGACUGGGCUGCCAGUGCCCGUGGAGCAUGACCCCAAAGACGAAAUUGACCGUCUCUCCACCCAUCGAUUAUUCCAAAUUGGAUUAACGUAUGUUGCUAAAUGCCGGGCAAGCAAAGCAACCUGGCUUGAUGAUCGAAUUUACAAGUUAUAUGGACCACCUCCGCCGGAUUUGCGAACUUUUUCUUACUGGUUUGCCAACGUUCUCCCGAGACCUGAGGAGGAUCGAUAUACCCUUCUUCCAGUUACUACUGCGAGAGACAGACUCAAGAUUAUUACCAGGUGGAUCAAAAAGCUCGAAUCUGGAGAAUGGGCCUUAAAGUCUCCUUACACUAUCCCCCGGGCCGAUCUCUUCCUUUCCGCUUUUCGCCCCGUAUCCUCAUCCCUUGUAGCGACUCUGCAAGUAGUCCUUGGCACUCUCUUCGUCCCUGUCUUGCUGCUUUUGAUCUACAAAUUCGCCACUAAAGGGAGCGACUCUUUCCCCGGUCCUUCUAGCAUUUCGUUUUCUAUUCUACCCUUUGCUUUUUCCUUUACUUAUACCUACCAAUCUUCUUCUCCACCCUCAGCUGCCCAGGAAGGACAACAACACCAUUCACGAGCUCAGCAUUAUAUGAACCAGGGCCGAGGCUUUGUUAAUCCCAGUUUUAUGGAUAGAGAGUACAUCUCUAAGACGGUUGUGUUAGGGGCUAUAUUUGUUUUGUGCAUUUCUAGGGUUGUCAGGCGCGUCGUGGAGGUCGUCAGGCUCGAAAGAGAUAGGGCGGAGAGGCUACAGAGACGGGAGGCCCGCUUGGGAUCCCUCUUAAAUGAGGCUACCGCUGGUCGCCCGAUCACUUUCGGCGAUACCAUCCAUGGGCAGAAUCCCGCCGGCCGUUCGGAGGCGACGCAGAUGACUAGUCAGGAAGUCUCUUCUGGCACAAAUGAUAGGGCUCGUGACGGCUCUUCUCAGGAUAAUAGCAACUUUAGUGAGAAUAUCUAGUCAAGGAAAGGUUGGCAAAAUCGGGGAAUCGUGGAAACUUAUAGCUUCAUCACGGUUUCAAUAUAGCUAGCGUCCCUUUCUACUUUAGCCUGCUUAAAUACGGGCAGGAAAAGGACUGCUCACUAGCAGAUAAACAUCGGAAUAAAUAUUUGAUUCUCCUUUAAAUCAGACCCAUCCCUAAAUCCAGUGAGAAUCGACUUCACUAAUAGUACACGCAUUUCGGUACGACUUCCUGCUGAAAAAUGAAAGGAAAUAACGCCAAUUAUCUAGAUAAGUACGAAAAAGGCCACAUGAAAAUGCCUCCCCAGAUCAAAUGCUUCAGCGGAAUUCGAUGGAGAAAAGUUAGUGAAAGAAAAGCUCUUGGAAGGAGAUCAAUGCUGUCAUUCCACAGACAAAAAAGAGAAUUUAACGACCGAUUACGGCGAGUGAACCUCAUCACCUUCUGCAUCAAUAUCGUCUUUGAUCACCUCCUCAGCGGAGGCUGGCGGAGAAGGCAUAUUCUUUGCAAACUUCGAAUCUACUUGCGCCCGAUGGCUGGCUCUCUUGUACGUUUCAUCUGGGUUCGGGUCACGAACCGAAACCUGGAUUUGAUGCACUUGCUCUUCCUUUGCUUUUGCGCGAGUAGGGGCCAAGCCAGCCUGGGCAAUCGUGCGGGAACGUUCGGGCUUCAAGCGAGUCUUGCCCAAGAUUGGGUAGUAGUAUGCUGCUUUCUGAGUAAGACGAGUGUCUUGGGUUGCCUGUGCUGGAUCAAAGAGGACAAGGCCGAUAUCUUUGUACUUUUGGUCGGUGUUUAGGACCUGUGUACUAGUCGCGUAAGUGCGAAGACGGUCGUAUCGGUGGUAUUUGGUUCCGUCUGGUCCCUCGUGGGUGUAGUUAUCAGCAUCAUCUCUGUUGGGGUUUGAGAGGCUCAGACUAUUCUUUAUUUUCUUCGCUGAGCCCUCUUUUUCAGCCAGGAAAAGAUCAUAAUCCCAAGGAAUCGGUCCAGGGUCGGGGUAAAGACUCGGGUUGGCUUUGUGGAGGGCCGUUUUUGAAGCAUGUUCUUGACAAACUCUUUCUUCUGGGGCUGAUGGGAGCAGGAUUGCAACAUCCAUACGGUCAUCACGCUUCCCUGCGGAAGCUUGAACCGGGGCUUUAUCGAAUUUAAAUUGUAAGAAGCCACCAGGGUCCGGAAAGCCGUCAAGAUCUGGAAUAAUAGGGAAGAGUCCCACUGGCUUUAAGUUUGGAUUAUCUGGAUGCACGAGAUUUGCCCAGGCAUCGAGCUCCGCCUUAGUGGCAGGCAAGCCUCUAAUCUGUGAUUCUGUAUCCUCUCCUGUAUGCUUACUCUUUGGAUAUGCGAUGUCAAAUCCUUUAAUAAUAUACUUUUUGAUGUGCGACGGGUCGUCUCGCGAUGGUUUCGGUUUCUGCACUUUGUGCUUGGAUCCUCCCGGCGCAAUCCUCGAAUCCACACUCCGUCCAGAUCCUGCUGUGGCGAUAUAUUGAGUUCUGCGAAGAAAGCUCACAUUCGCAUUCCUUGGGGCUGGGUUCCUCAA